CCUCACUACAUUCCAUUUUACUAUUUCUGAACAAUCAAAUAUUCUAGAUUCCUCCGAAUCUUGAACACACUGUCUUUCUCUCUCUCUGAAAUAUCCUCAAAUAUGCAAAGCUAAAUUCCAAUCAUUGAGCUGCUUUCAAUUCCACAGCGGCGAUGAAAUUCGGGAAGGAAUUCAAGACCCAUUUGGAAGAAACCAUCCCUGAGUGGAGGGACAAGUUCCUCUGUUACAAGCCAUUGAAGAAGCUCCUCAAGCACCAUCAUCUACCCACCACUGUUGCACCACCCCUUGACCUCCAUCUUCAUCUUUUUCAACAACCCAUUUCACCACACCUUCUGCAGGCUUGGUUUCUUCGGAUUCUCAACCAAGAGCUUGAAAAAUUCAAUGAUUUCUACGUUGAUAAAGAGGAAGAGUUUGUCAUCCGCUUCCAGGAGCUGAAAGAGAGAAUUGAGCGUCUUAAAGAUAAAAGCUACCAACGUGAAAUGUACACUUUUGACUAUGAAUUUAGUGAAGAAAUGAUGGAAAUCAGGAAGGACUUGGUCACCAUCCAUGGAGAGAUGGUGCUCCUAAAAAAUUACAGUUCCUUAAACUUUGCAGGAUUAAUUAAAAUUUUGAAGAAGUAUGAUAAAAGAACUGGUGGACUGUUGCAGUUGCCUUUUACACAGCUUGUUCUCCGUCAACCUUUUUUCACUACUGAGCCUCUCACGCGGCUAGUUCAUGAAUGCGAGGAAAAUCUUGAACUACUCUUUCCGCUAGAAGCAGAAGUAGUUCAAUCUACUUCCCUUCCAGAACAUGAGUCUCGACCAGCGGUAGAUAAUGCGACAAAUGCCUUACCUGAGACAUCCUCAAAUCUUGGGGAUGAACCUAUGUAUCUAUAUCGCAGCACUCUUGCUGCUAUGAGAGCCAUAAAGGGUCUUCAGAAAGCAAGCUCCACCUGCAAUCGAUUUUCAUUUUCUUCCCUCUUAAGAAACCAAGAUGCUGAUAGUACUGGUGCUGUAACUGCUGAAAACUCUGCAGCAAAUUCUCCAGAUACCUUGCAGAAUGAGGAAAGUGCUAGUAAAGAGGAAUUCGACCCUAAACCCUAAACGAAACAGUAUCUCUUUACUCGCGCAAAACAAUAAAUCAAACAUAAAUAAUGUACUUUCUUUAACUUCGAAAGUAAUACUUGAACACUGUCUCUUCCCCCCCAUAACUUCUAUACUUUGUUUGCUUCCUUGUAACACUUGCUGUUUAAAGGUUUUGAAUUGUGAUUGUAAUUUGUAAGUGGUGACAUUAAUAUACAACAACUUAGGAGUAACAUGAGGUAUACUGAUUUAGCAUAACUUCAGAAUA